AAGUCGGCGCCGUUGCCAGAAACAUUGAAGCACCCCUAGCCAACUCAGGAAACAUAUACGGCUGUAUAGAUACGAGCUCCGCACAUACGUUUAUUUAUUUAUUUAUUUGCAUAUAUACACAUAUUUUAAUUCGUGAUUCUACGGUGCACGUGAAACAAGUCCGAUAAACUUCACUUCUAAGCGACUGAUACACGAAGAUAUACGUGCACGAAAAUUUACUACGUGCUGUAGUGCAGUGAUAGUAACUGUGAUAAUGAAGCUUCACGUCGCUUUCUGCAUUAUAGUGCUGACUACACUAUGCGCACUGACGACUGCUAUCAGUGCAGAAUGUGGCGACGCGCGCCAUAACGUCGUCUGUUACUAUGACGUCACCAUGCAUCGGCUACGGGCGGUAAUGGCUGACGGAAACGGCCAUCUUGGUUUGUGCUCGCAUAUCGUUUAUUCGCAAUCGAGCCUGGCCCUGACGGGCACAGUGAAACGCCCAAGCGCCUGGGAUAUACACGCCUACAGACAGAUGCGAGAUCUGAAGACGACGAAUCCUUGCCUGAAGACGCUCGUAUCGGUGAGAGACGACCAGCGCCACCGUGUGGCGGACAUCGUCAACAUCCCCUACCUACGCCACAAGCUCGCACUCGGCGCCGUGCAGUUCCUGCAGCGGUAUCACUUUGACGGAGUGGAGUUUGACGAAGACGAGCUGAUGGGAACGGUAACGAACAGCACGGCCGUAUCGCUGAAUGCCUUUGCCGACUUCGCAGAGGAGAUGAGACUCAUCUACGCCGGUCGCACCAACGGGAAACUCAUUCUGGCAUCUGCCAUCGACCCGAGCCUGCUGCAGGAUGAUGGCAGCGCCGCCGCUGCAAUGCUCAGACAUGUGGACUUCGCGAGUGUCAAGCCAGAGUAUGGACAACACCAGCCCCGCACGUCGUUGACUCCUUCAACCUGGUCAGAGCACGCAGCCAAUGAGGCAGACCAUCUAGAUACCUUACUAAGUCGUUUACGCACCGUGUACGCGAAGGACACCUCAAAACUAAUGAUAUCUGCCGCGGGAGGGCAGCACGGACACGGACGUCAGGUCUGCGUAAGAACGCAUCAUGCGAGUUUGAGAGCAAAGGUGCUGGGAGCCCACAGAGAGGAGUCUCGACAGCAGAGGCUGAAGAGGGCGGCGAGUAGGGCCCAUUACAUCAAACAGAAAGCGUUAGGUGGCGUCGUAGUGUGGAACAUGGCAAAGCAGGCUGACGCCUGCGGCGCAGAGGGAGACGGGCCGCUGCUGAAAACAGUCAGCGCCGUGAUGCGUUGCCAUGCCGACGUGACGUGCGAGAGAGACGGCAAGGUAGAGGACCCAAACGACUGCAGGCGCUUCUACAUGUGUUCGAACACCGGCAGCGAGAACGAGGCAAUAACCCUGUUCGUGUGUCCACGGGGCAUGAUCUACAGUUCUGCCAGAAAGUCGUGUGUGCACAGGGCGCGAGCACUGAAUAUACGGCGCCUGUGUAUGUGUGGAGAGCUAGCCGAAUGACGGCAGCAACGUUAUUUAACAUGUAAUAUUAGCGUUAUUAUUAUUAUUAGUAGUAGUAUAUAGUGAUAUAGUGAGAUUAUUUAAACACUUAUUCACUUUUUCCAUGUUGGCAAUGGAGUUGCAGCUAUUGGAAAGUACAAUUUACAAUUUUAAUAUAUAUUUUAAGACAUUAUUUUACUAUGAACAUCAUGUGAUUUUUGUGUAAAUUUUUAAAGUUUUAAUAAAGUAAUUAUUAAGAGUAA